AUGGCACCUACCACAGACAAUAGCUCCAUCGGGAGCAACUCGCCAUCCCCGCCACCCUUGGUCAAGACGGAGAGCAACUCGGCCAAGAAGCGCGGCGGAGAGGGCGGCGGCGUCGUCAAGGUCACAAAGCGCAGAGCCGCACGCGCAUGCGUCUCGUGUCGCGCACGCAAGGUCCGCUGCGACGUGGUCGAGGGCGCACCUUGUGGAAACUGCCGCUGGGAUAAUGUCGAGUGCAUCGUCCAAGAGAGCCGUCGGCGCAAGAAGAGCACCUUGACGGCAAAUGCCGUGGGCCCAAACAGCCAAGCCGAGGCCCAAAUCCGCUGCAAGACAGCCACCACCAACUCCAACGCCAAUGGCAACAGCAACGCCAACGACAGGGCGUCGCCAGGUGUCAGCAAUGGCUACGCGAAUGCGGCCGACAGCAUCACGGUCGCGCCCGUGGCUUCAAAUGACCCGCGACGCCAGAGUACGGCGUCUGCGUUUUCAGCCACGACGGCCAGCACGGGCAUCGAUAGCCAGCUGCCCGGUUCCUUUCCCAACUGCAUGGUGGACUCGCAUAUUCCCCAUCUCAUUUACCAACGCUCCGGAUUUCGCCCAGACCUGCUGAGCCAAGCUUCGAUCGACCCCAGCCAGGCCAGCCCGACCCCGAGCAGCUUCUGGGGCGGCGACAGCAACACCGUCAACCCCAACCGCCUCUUUGGCGACGCGGGCCUCGCUCCGGCCACGCCGAGCCUUGCUAGCCCGCUCGAUCAUUUCCAAUUCCAUGCCGCGCCCCAGGCCGCACCCCAGCUCCCGCCGUUCCUGCGCCCGCUGCCCAGCAAGAUCACCCCCGAGGAUGUGAGCUACCUUCAGAUGAAGGGUGCCUUGACGCUGCCCGCCAUCCCGCUCCAGAAUGCCCUGUUGCAGGCCUACGUCGAGUACAUCCAUCCCUUCAUGCCGCUGAUGGACCUGCACCCCUUCCUCGCCAUCGUCAACAGCCGCAACGGAUUCAAUGGCCAGAUGAGCCUGCUGCUGUAUCACGCCGUGCUCUUUGCGGCCACCGCCUCGGUGGAUAUGAAACAACUCCGCGAAGCCGGUUAUACGAGUCGCAAGGCUGCUCGCAAAGCUUUCUUCCAAAAGACAAGGCUACUGUACGAUUUCGACUACGAGUCAGACCGCCUGGUCCUGGUGCAGUCUCUUUUGCUCAUGACCUAUUGGUAUGAGACGCCUGAUGACCAAAAAGACACUUGGCACUGGAUGGGCGUGGCCAUCUCGCUGGCCCACACCAUCGGCCUGCAUCGCAAGCCCGGUGCCAACUCCAUGACCGACGGCAAGCGCAAGCUCUGGAAGCGCAUAUGGUGGUCCUGCUUCAUGAGAGACAGGCUCAUUGCCCUGGGCAUGCGCCGACCUACCCGCAUCAAGGAUGAGGACUUUGACGUGCCCAUGUUGACGGAAAGCGACUUUGAGAUUCAGACGCUCGCGGACAACAACAACUUGCUGCCCCGUGACUGCGUCGUGAUCCGCGACGCGGCCAUGCAGCGCGAGCUAGCGACCUUGUGCAUCUACAAGGCCAAGCUCUGCCUGGGCAUCAGCCACAUGCUCAAGACGCAGUACUCGGUGCUGAUCCGCGACAACAUGAAGCCCGAGAACACAACCAACAGCACCAUGAUGCUGUUUCCCAACAAGUUUGACAAUGUCGAUGCCGUCGACACCAUUGACGCGGAGCUGCGUGCGUGGGCCGACAGCCUGCCCGAGUGCUGUCGGUAUCGUCCGCUCAACGAGGCCGACGUCGAGGGUGGCCGUUCCACCGUCACCGUCCACCGUACGCUACUGCACAUGGUGCACCAGACCACCAUUUCGGCCCUUCAUCGCCCGCAGUUCCUCCCCUCGUCGCCGACGCAGAUGCCGACGACGUCGCGCCAGGUGCAGGACAUGUCGCGCGUCAAGGUGCGCGAUUCGGCUAUGCAAAUUACUCGCAUGGUCACCGAGCUGCACGACCUUCGGCUGGAAAAGUACCUCCCCACGACGGGCGUGACGGUGAUUUUGCCGGCCAUGAUUAUCCACCUGUUGGAGAUGAAGAGCUCAUCCAAGGGCGCUCGCGAGCGGGCCACGGUCGGCUUCCGUCAGUGCAUGCGUGUCAUGGAGAAGCUGCGGGAAAUCUACUCGGCCGCCGACUACGCCACGGGUUUCCUCGACGCGGCGCUGCGCAAGGCCGACAUUAGCGUCGGUUCGGGCAACGCCGGGAGCAGCAGUAACGGCAGCAGCGCGGCAGCGACAGCGCUGGUCAACCAAAUGAGCCAGAUCAACCAGGCUGCGGCCGGGGACAUGAUGCCCAGCGGGCUGCCGUUUAGCCUGUCGGUACACACGCCGCCACCCGAGUCUCAGACGACGGCGAGCCUGCAGGAGGCGCUGUCUAGCAAGACGGCCAUGCUACCUCCCAACACUGUCAAUGCCGCGGCGCUGGAACUGUCCCACUCGCCGCCGCAGACCGACUUUGACGCGACGGGCCUGACGCCCAGCGCCAGCGGGGUAUCGGAGGAGCUGCUGACUGAGGCAGACCCGAUGGACAUGGACUUUAUGGAGGGCCACGACGAGUUUGAUUGGAACGCGGUGGCGGGCACCGACUUUGACGUGGACCAGUUUUUGCAGUUUCCAACCGACGCUGGUAAGCCGGCUUCGGGCGAGGACAUGAUGAAUGGCGUUUUUGCGAGCAACAACGCGACGGGGUCGACGUCGAUGGAGGAUGUCAAGAUGGGCAUUGAGGCUUCUGCAUGA